AUGACGAUGAAAGUUGCUGAACCAUCUACAGUUGCUGAACCAUCUACAGUUGCUGAACCGUCUACAGUUGCUGAACCAUCUACAGCUACUGAACAGUCUACUAUAAUUGCUCAGAUUGCCCGUGAUCGCGGUGAUGUUCCAAAGGAGGAAAUGAAGCAGCAGGUGAACAGAAGAACAAAUCGUUGUUGUCCUCCACAAGGAACACUCAAUAAAAUAAUUACAGAUGGAAUUACAUUCAUUAUAUUAUGGACUCUACUCUGGUCCCUUAUGGGCGAAGAAGUUCUCCCUGGUGGAAAUUUGUUUGGACUUAUAGUUAUUUUUUACAGUUCCUUUCUUGGAGGGAAAAUUUUAGAAGUCAUUAGAAUACCUGUAGUGCCUCCCCUUCCACCUCUUCUUGGGAUGUUACUGGCUGGUUUCACCAUCAGGAAUGUUCCGUUUAUUUAUGAAUUUGUCCAUAUUCCUACCACAUGGUCUUCAGUUUUAAGAAACACUGCCCUUACUAUUAUCCUAAUACGAGCUGGGCUUGGACUGGACCCACAAGCUCUGAAGCACCUGAAGGCCGUUUGUCUGAGGCUGUCAUUCGGUCCGUGCAUCAUCGAGGCCUGUUCGGCUGCCUUUUUCUCCCACUUCCUCAUGAAGUUUCCUUGGCAGUGGGGGUUCCUAUUAGGUUUUGUUAUAGGCGCUGUGUCUCCUGCUGUUGUGGUUCCCUCCAUGCUGCUGUUGCAAGAAAAUGGAUAUGGUAUUGAGAAAGGCAUUCCAACCUUGCUCGUGGCUGCCAGCAGUAUGGAUGACGUUGUGGCCAUCACUGGAUUCAACACAUUCUUGAGCAUAGUCUUUUCCUCGGGUAGUGUAAUUAGCAAUAUCCUAUCGUCCUUGCGGAAUGUAUUUAUUGGUGUGCUGGUAGGAAUUACUUUGGGAUUUUUUAUUCAGUAUUUUCCAAGUGGAGAUCAGGAGAAACCUUCACAGAAGCGAGCCUUCCUUGUUCUGAGUAUGUGUAUUUCUGCUGUCUUAAGCUGUCAGUACUUUGGCUUACAUGGAUCUGGAGGACUGGUCACACUAGUGUUGUCGUUCAUGGCAGCAAAAAAAUGGGCAAAAGAGAAGGUUGGAGUCCAAAAAAUUGUUGCAAACACAUGGAAUGUUUUUCAGCCGCUUCUUUUUGGCUUAGUUGGAACAGAAGUAUCUGUUGAAGCUCUUGAAUCGAAAACUAUUGGCAUGUGUAUUGCUACCUUGGGUUUGGCAUUAUGUGUUCGAGUUUUAGCCACUUUUACAUUGAUGUCUUUUGCUGACUUUCGUUUUAAGGAGAAAGUAUUUAUUGCUUUAGCAUGGAUCCCCAAAGCUACAGUCCAGGCUGUCUUAGGUCCUCUGGCUCUAGAAACAGCAAGAAAGGUCAUGGCACCCCAGCUUGAAUCUUACUCAAAGGAUGUGAUGACCGUAGCCUUCCUUGCCAUCCUGAUCACAGCUCCAAACGGAGCUCUCCUCAUUGGCAUACUGGGACCCAAAAUACUUGAACGUGGUGAUUUGACAACCCCUUUAGAAUUGGAGCUGUCACAGUUUGAACAACAUUAAAAAGUUUGCCAUCA